AGUUUUUGUAUUGCGUAUCGACCAUCGAGAGAGCGUGCGAGAAUGGUGUGGGUUAAAGGGUCGAACCCAUGAGGCAUUACCAUUUCUUACUAUGAACUGCUUGAAAUUAUGGCGAAAUACCAAAUUCAGACUAGUAGAUUAGCGCAUCAUCUCUUCUGUCUCAGGUCCCAUUAUGUUCUCUCCAUGCUACCAAAACUGUGCCUAAGAACAAAGCACAAAUUUGCUGGUAAUCUGUUUGAACUUGGUAAAUAUGCCACUGCAACCAUCCCGAUUCGACCGAAGUUGCUCAUUAAGAUAUCAGAUGUAAUGGCUCAUGAUGAUUGUAUUGAGAAUGGACAAUACAACAAUCGAUCCAAUUCAAUUCCAUCAGAUCCAGACGAAGAUUGUGAUGUUUCUAAAGCAUGUAAAAAAUUUCCAUCCAUCAAGUUGGGAAGUUCUCCUCCAGUUGAAUUAUUUGAUGGCUCGACAUGCCAUUCAGAUAUUGUGAGUUUUUUAGAAGCUAAAAGCGGCAAGAAUUUUUUUCUGAAUUCAACUUGUGAAGAGUGUGAACAAGAUAGUCUGGAUGGAACCUUGUCUUCUCUGUACCCUGUCCUUCCAGAUGUAGAAAAUUCUUCAGUUAGAGAAGAAUAUACUUUGCCCACUGGUUCAUCCCUUCUGCCUAUAAAUAUUGAGACUGGAACAAUUUUGAGUAAUCCAACAGUAGAUGGAGAUUCUUCAAAAAAGAAGUCAGAAUCAGAAAAUAAGGGAGUAUCUGGAAGGUCAUUUCUUGACCAAUCAGUUGGUUGCAUAUCUGGCUUAAGUAAGAGGCACCAGCGCCAGCUUGAAGAUAGUGGCUUUCACACGUUAGGCAAAUUACUACAUCAUUUUCCUCGGACCUAUGCCGAUUUACGGAAUCCUCAGGUUCAUAUUGAUGAUGGACAAUACAUAAUAUUUAUAGGAAAAGUCUUGUCAUCAAGGGGAAUCAGAGCUAGUUACUCCUUUUCAUUUCUUGAGGUAGUUGUGUGCUGUGAAAUUGCAGAAAGAGAAUCACAUUCUGGUUGUACAGUUGAUGAUAGUACUGGUGGAAAGAAGAAAAUUUAUUUGCACUUGAAGAAAUUUUUUCGUGGUAAUCGGUUUACGUUCAAGCCUUUUCUAAGUAGUCUUGGAGAGAAGCAUAAAGAGGGAGAGGUUGUUUGUGUAAGUGGUAAGGUAAGGACUAUGCCAUCUGAAGAUCACUAUGAGAUGAGGGAAUAUAACAUUGAUGUUCUUCAAGACGAAAAGAAUGUGCCACUUUAUGCAAAGGAGAGGCCAUAUCCUAUAUAUCCUUCUAAAAGGGGAUCGAGUCCAACAUUUCUUAGAGAUAUUAUAGCCAGAGGCAUAGAUGCAUUGCCUAUCAAUGUGGAUCCCAUUCCGGAAGACAUAACUCAGGGUUUUGGGCUGUUACGUCUUCGUGAUGCAUAUAACGGGAUUCAUCGGCCAAAUAGUAUAAAGGAAGCUGAUUUGGCUCGCAAACGUCUUAUGUUUGACGAGUUUUUUUACCUGCAGUUGGCACGCUUGUUCCAAAUGCUGGAAGGUCUGGGUACAAGAAUAGAGAAAGAUUGUUUGCUGGACAAGUAUCGUCAACCUCAUUUAAAUGCUGCAUAUAUGAAGGAUUGGGCUUACCUCACCCAAAAGUUCCUUAAAGCCCUUCCGUAUUCCCUUACAGUGAGUCAGAUGAAAGCUAUUGCAGAAAUUAUAUGGGACUUGAAGCGACCAAUUCCUAUGAAUAGGCUCUUGCAGGGUGACGUAGGAUGUGGGAAGACAAUCGUUGCUUUUCUGGCAUGCAUGGAAGUUAUAGGCACUGGAUAUCAGGCAGCAUUCAUGGUUCCGACUGAGUUACUUGCUAUUCAGCAUUAUGAGCACUUGCUUGGUUUAUUAGAGAACAUGGAAGGGGUCGAGAAUAAACCUUCGGUUGCUUUACUGACAGGUUCUACCUCAUCAAAACAAUCACGGAUGAUUCGCGAGGGUCUGCAAUCAGGAGAGACUUCUUUAGUUAUUGGAACUCAGAGUCUAAUAUCGGAAAAAGUGGAGUUCUCUGCUUUACGCAUUGCAGUUGUGGAUGAGCAGCACCGUUUUGGUGUAGUCCAGAGAGGGAAGUUUGGUAGUAAGUUAUUCAACAACUCUAUAAGUUCGAAAAUUGCGGCAGAGCACGCUGAUGGAACCUCAAGUGGAAAUUUCUCUAUGGCUCCUCAUGUUCUUGCCAUGUCAGCCACUCCUAUUCCAAGGACGCUUGCUCUUGCAUUGUAUGGAGAAAUGUCGCUGACUCAUAUUACUGAUUUGCCUCCUGGACGGGUACCAGUCAAAACAUAUUCAAUUGUGGGUAACGAUGAAGGCUUUGAGAAAGUUUAUGAGAUGAUGCUGGAUGAGUUAGAUAAAGGAGGGAAGGUGUAUCUUGUAUAUCCAGUGAUUGAGCAAUCUGAUCAACUGCCUCAGCUUCGUGCUGCUUCAGAAGAUCUUCAAUCCAUUUCUUACAGGUUUCAGGGCUAUAACUGUGGGUUGUUGCACGGGAAAAUGAAGAAAGAUGAAAAAGAGGAAGCGUUACGGAGAUUUCGAAACGGAGAUACGCAGAUACUACUUUCUACACAAGUGAUCGAGGUUGGAGUGGAUGUUCCUGAUGCAUCAAUGAUGGUUGUUAUGAAUGCUGAGAGGUUUGGAAUUGCUCAGCUCCAUCAAUUAAGAGGACGAGUUGGACGUGGAAUGAAGAAGUCUAGGUGCAUCUUGGUGGCAUCUACUACAAGCAGCUUAAGUCGGUUGAAGGUGUUGGAGAAUUCAUCUGAUGGUUUUCAUUUGGCAGAAGUUGAUCUUCUUUUACGUGGGCCUGGUGAUUUGCUUGGUAAAAAGCAGUCAGGACAUCUUCCAGAAUUUCCAAUUGCAAGAUUGGAGGUAGAUGGGAAUAUUUUGGAAGAUGCACAUCUUGCCGCUUUGAAAAUUUUAAGCAUUUCUCAUGAUUUGGAGCAGUUUCCUGCCCUGAAGAUGGAGCUUAGCAUGAGGCAGCCACUUUGUCUACUUGGUGAUUAGGUUUCUUCCAUAUUUUAAACUUGAACUCAAUAUGUAUUUGCAUUUGUACAGAUAGUGUAGUCAGUUUUUAUCCAAGCAUCAGUAAAUAUUUUGAUGCAUUUACCAUUAUUGAUCAAUCAUUUUAGCGAUGUGAAUACAAUUUUAGGUUAAAAUACAAUCUUUGAUUUUGUAUUUUGAGAUUUGUUUAAUUUUAGUUGAUAUACGUUAAAAUAUUCAACUUUAA